UAAAUAAAUUGUUGUUAUUGUUGUAGUUGUAGACUGUGCAAAAAUCAUGAAUUGCCUCCCCUUUAUCAAAUCACCCCAUUUGUAGCAUGAAGGAUGCUGUUCUAGUGUUUGGUAGCAGUAACACUGACUGAUAGAAGAUAUGGCUUUAAAAUUAUGUUGUAAAAUAAGACAUUUGAGAUUACAAAAACAGUUUGUAUUAGCUACCAGAAUCUUUAAACACAACAGUAACUUAAGGUUAUUUCAAACUCAUCAUUCAUCUUUAAAAUCCAAACAGUUGGACUGCACACUUCAUAAUAAGAGAUGGAUGUCAACUAUACAAGGCUCAGAACAACCUUCUACCAAAAGACAAGCUUUACUCUAUGCGACUUACGGCUCCUUCGCUCUUGGUGGCUUUCUGUUAAUAGCUAUAAUUCUACGAGAGGUCAAAAAGAAACGCUUACAGUGGAGAGGGAUAUUUGAAAUGAAAAUUCCUGAAAUGAGACGUCUUGGAAUGUAUAAAUAUAAAGAUGUGACACUACCACUAUUUGUUGUGAAUGAAUUAGAAAAUAUAGAAAAGUUUGAAUCUACUGCUGAAGACAUAUGGGUUGUGUCAUUUCCUCGCUCAGGAACAACAUGGUUACAAGAGAUAGUGUAUUUAGUACAAAAUAAGGCAAACACAGUAAAGGCUAAGUCUAAAUUAUUAGAUAGUAGGUUUCCAUACCUGGAAUUUAUGACACCUGGUAUUAAAGAGAUAGAGAAGAUGCCUUCCCCACGCCUCUUGAAAUCUCAUCUACCUUAUUCAUUAUUACCCAAGAGUGUGCAUGAAAACAAACCAAAGAUUAUUUAUAUAGCAAGGAAUCCGAAAGAUGUUGUUGUGUCAUACUACUACUUUGUACGUCUGCUGUUUCCAGUGACAAGAUAUGAAGGAGAAUUUAAAGAAUUUUUCAAUCUUUUCAUCCAUGAUAAAGUUAUGUAUGCUCCCUGGUGGAGACAUGUGGAGGAAUUCUGGGACAUGCGUCAUGAGGAUAAUAUACUCUUCCUUACUUAUGAAGAUCUUAAAAGGGAUACAGAAGGCACUAUAGAUAAGGUGGCGAAGUUCCUCGGUAAGACUCUGACACAAGAGCAGAAGGACAAAAUUAUCGAUCAUUGCAGUUUUGAAAAUAUGAAGAAAAACCCGACAACAAAUCACUCCUGGUUUGAAACUCUUGGUGUAAGUGAUCCUAAAAGGGGUGACUUCAUGAGAAAAGGUUGUGUUGGAGACUGGGCUAAUCAUCUCACAGAUGACAUGAACAGACAGAUGAACCAGAUGAUAGGAUAUAAGUUAAGGAACUCUGAUAUAACAUUUGCAUUUAAAGGGACACAUUUUGAAAACAAUGAUGGUGACACUAUAGAGCAGACUCUAAAAUGAUGAAAGCUUGUUGUAGCAGAAUCUCCUUCAUUUGUGAUAACUUUUUCAGAUUUAAUUAAGAAAAG